AUGGGCGUCCGUUAUAACGCAGAGAAGAAGAAGAUUGGAAACUACUUCUCUACACCGAUAUACUCCUUCCGCUGCAAAUGCCAUCUGUGCGACGGGUGGUUCGAAAUUCAGACUGAUCCCAAGAAUACCCGAUACAUCGUCACGUCAGGGGCACGGCAGAAGGACGAAGAGUGGGACCCUGAAGAGAACGGCGGCUUCGCCAUACACAGUGAGAUCUUUCCCGAUACAGACCCAAACGAAGCCCCGGUAGAUCCCCUCGCCGCCCUUGAGAAGUCGACAGACGCUCAGAACUACAUGAAUCAAGUGCAAGUGCCCCGCCUGGAGGCGCUGCAGAACGUGUCCGACCACUAUGGCUCGGACCCAUACAGCCUGUCGCGGAUAGUACGCAAGCGCUUCCGCGAGGAGAAGAAGGUCGAGAAGGCGAAGCAGGAGUCCGACGAGCGCCUUAAGAACUCGUAUGGCCUGCCAGAGGUGCUCGCGCUCACUGAGGAGACAGAAGACACCCGCGCGGACGCGCGGGAGCGGUGGCAAUUGGAGAGACAAGCUUUGCGCUCGCGCGAGGAUGCGAAGCGGAGGAAGCUUGACCAGGAGAUUGUGAUUAAGCCUCGAUCGUCGCUCACGUCUUCUGCCGUCCCUUUGCGGGCGCGGACGGGCGCCAGACAGACGGCAUCAGACCCGGUGUCAUCGUUGCGGGCCAAGAUUCUGGGAAAUACUGCACGACGCUCUGAUCCUGUGAGUCGCCGUCUGAAGCCUCCAGAUGCGAGCAGCAGCAUCUUCCGUAGAUGA